ACGUGCCGUAAAAGAACCGCCAAAACUGAGUUCUUUGCAUUUGAAAGCCGUGAAGUGAAGCUAUUUUUUAGGAAGAAGAGCUUUAAUUCGGCUAAAAUGGCAACAGCGACCAAAAGUCCUGCUAGCUCAUCUUCCACUCCAAAGACUCCGGUUUCUUCUUCUCGAAUUAUGGGCAGUUCACCGCCGGGUUCGGCGAAAUUCACUCGAGCUCAGGAGAAAGCCGAACUACAACAUCUGAACGAUCGACUGGCUACAUACAUUGAUCGCGUAAAAAACCUCGAACAAGAAAAUAGCAAACUGAGGUCUGAAGUAACUGUAUCGAGAAAGACGGUAGAAAGAGAGGUUGAUUCCAUGAAAAGCUUAUAUGAGACAGAGCUAGCCGACGCAAGAAGACUGCUUGAUGAAACGGCCAAAGAGAAGGCUAAACAACAGAUUGAGAGCAGUAAAAACUCAAACGACGCUCAAGAAUUUAAAAAUAAGUUCGAUAAAGAGGCUGCUGCAAGGAAGAAAGCUGAAAAGGAGCUGAAUGACGUCCGGAAGCUUCUUCAUGACAAGGAAAACCAACUGACCAGGCGGAACCAGGAAGCCUUGAAUCUGGAGAGUGUGUUACGGGAGUUACAAGGAGAGUGCGAAGAGCUGAAAGAUGCAUUGAAGGCUGCUAAGUAUGCACUUGAGCAGGAGACCUUGACGCGUGUAGACUUGGAGAACAGAUGUCAGUCUCUCCAAGAAGAACAAAACUUUAAGAAACAGAUGUAUGACAAGGAACUUUCCGACAUCCGUUCCCAGCUCAAGACAGUGGAGACUAAGCGUGUCGUCGUGGAGACGGACUACAAGGAUAAGUACGAGGGCUUGAUGGCAGAGAAGCUCCAAGAGCUAAGAGAAGACUAUGACAGUGACGCCAGGUCCUUCAAGGAGGAGACAGAACUGCUGUACUCGUCCAAGUUUGAGGAACUUCGAAUUCAGCGUGAGAGAGACAGUGAGGCCUUGGCCAAACUCAGAGAAGAAAACAGAAACCUCUCAAAGUCUGUAGAUGAACUAAGCUCACAAGUGCACCAGUUGGAGGCUAAGAACAAUGCACUUGUUUCUCGUGUAUCUGAUCUCCAAGGUCUCCGUGCCCAAGACAAGGAGAAACAUGACAAUGAAAUCUUACUAAGAGAAAACGAGAUUGCAGAGCUGCGUACAAGCAUUGAUGAUGCCCUGCGUGACUAUGAAGACUUGAUGGGUGUCAAGGUGGCCUUAGAUAUGGAAAUCACCGCAUACAGGAAACUCCUAGAGAGUGAAGAGACCAGGCUUGAGAUUACCCCACCAGCUUCACCAGUACUAGGGGGAUCCUCUUCGGUCAGUCAAACAAGGCGUGGUAAUAAAAGGGCACGGACAGAGGAGACAGAGUCCACUAUGACCACAACAACCACUGCCGAGGGGGCCAUUCAAUUUACAGAGGCUGACCCAGAUGGAAAAUAUAUAAAGAUCUACAACAGUGGAGAGAAGGAUGAGGCUUUGGGAGGUUGGACAAUUCAGAGGCAAGUUGGGACAGAGGACCCAAGUGUCUACAAGUUCACUCCAAAAUAUGUUCUCAAAUCUCAAAGCCAUGUUACGGUAUGGUCGGCACAAGGUGGUGGAACCCACAAGCCUCCCAGCGAUCUGGUAUUCAAGCAGCUGCCAUCCUGGGGUAGUGGUAACGAGGCACGGACUGCUCUGGUGAAUGCAGGCGGAGAGGAAAUGGCCACACUUCUUGAAGAGAAAGUUUUCCAGCACUAUAGCACUGAUGUCAUAGAUAGUGGCCGUCGUGGACGUGGACGAAGAGAUGGAGAAGUCGCGAAAGGAUGCGCUGUAAUGUAGGCGACUGUCAGUUGCGAUUUUUGUAAAGCAGAUGGGGCUUACUAUAAAAAUAGCCUAGUGAAAACCAAUGGGUAUUUCAUACUUUAAGGACUUGUAUAAAACGACAUAAGCCUUUUUAAGGUAUUUUUUAAACGAAAUUUCAGUAAAAUAAGUUCUUGUUAUUUUUUUUUUGUCAUUAUCGAGAAAAACGAUAAAUAAUUACUUUGAUUUAUUCACUAUCUGACAUUUUAACUUGUCCAGUUCUAAGAAACAUUGUUUCUGAGAAACAAUCAAGACAGUAGCAUUCAUCGUACAAACAUAUCUCGUGUGUGUAUUAGACCACACGAAAUUUUUGAUAGAGCUGCAAAACUUUUUUAACAUCAAAGGAUUAGAUAAUUAAAUAAAUUUGUACUCUGAA